AUGGCAAUGUCAACAAAGGAUACUGAAGAAAUUAGGCAAUCUGUAAAACUUGGUGCUGGCUUAGCGACUCUUUGCAAACUUAAAUUGAGCCCUGAAAAGAAAAACCUCAUGGUGAACUCUGUAUUUUAUGAUGUUAUAAACAUACAAAAUAACAAAGAGAGUUCAUCAAUUUUUAUUAAACUGUUUGGUGAUUUUUACGAUCCAACAAAUAGAAGGUUUGUGUUAAACAAUAACACAUCUUUUUCUUUCUGUGCCAAAGAGGUGGCAGAUGUGUUGGGUAUUGAAAAUACCGGGCCUGAUUUCAACGCCCCUGCUGCAAAAAAAGUUCCUCAGUUUGUUAAGGACCUAGUGAUAGGAUAUGGUGUAGAUAGUUCUGGGAAAAUCUCUACAACAACAAUUAAAGAACUUUUGAAAAAAAUGAAUGUAGACGACGAGGAAAGUAGAUUAAAUUUUAAGAAAGUCUUAUGUUAUUUUUUGAUCGAGAUGUUUUUAAUACCCUCCCCGGAUCCCAAGAAACCACGUACAGGUUCUUGGUCAAUGGUAGAAGAUCUUGAUGUAUAUGAAAAAGUGAACUGGGCUAAAGCAAUCUAUGAAGACUUACAUGAAUCUUUUAAUAAGCUAAAAACUGCAACGGUGGGAAAACAACAUAAUUUUAAAGCGUGUGCGCCAGUUUUCGAGGCUGUUGUGUUUGAGAGAAUACCUUCCUUAAAGCCAAACCUAUCGUCUUAUCCUUAUCCGCCAAUUCAAAAGUAUGAUGCUAAAAGGAAGGAUUGGGAACUGUUAAAAAGUAUCAAAGCCGACGAGGUAUUUUUUUGCACUAUUUGUUAUGCUUCUUAG